CGAGGUUCUCACAUUAGCUAAUUGUUCGUGUUUUAAUUUUAUACAGGAUUUAAGACGUAGUUAAGUUCAUUAAAAAGAAAGAACCAAAAUAUAGAAGAUAUAUUGCUGUCACAUGUGGUACAGAAAAUCUAGUUAUCAGUGAUAAAUAAUGUAUUUGUUUUUGUGAUUUGUACGAUGUGGUUUGUAAAGUGGCAUAAUGUGGUUGUUGAUUCUAUUAACUUAUAUCAUGAUAAUUGCUCCUUGGGAAUCUGCAGCCAUCACGAACAAAAGAACAUCGACGAGGUACCUUGAACAAUCGGAUAGUGUGAGAUAUUUUCGACACAUCCCUCCGAGACCGACAGAGGAGAAGUUGUCAGACUGGGAGGUGGGUCUUAGAGAAGCUAUUCACCAAGCCUUACUAAGAGAAGGCUACUGGGAACCCAACCUUCGAGAACGGCUGACCGGCGCACAACUUAUAGGCCGGCAAGAUCAUGCAACACCGUUCGGCGACGUUGCCGUGCUUGCUCGAGGCCAACUGUAUGCCAUCCAUGCCGGGAACUUCAUGCUAUUGCAGGAUCCGUACCAGAAUGACUGCGAUGAUUGCUACAAUCCGAGAAGAUGCGAGAGACACGAUUGUCAGCCUUACAGUCCACACAAUCAAGAAAUAUUGGUAGCCCUGUGGACUGUCAAGAGGAUACGGCACAGAGAUGUCGACAGAACUAGAUUCGAUCUGGAAUAUAUCGUGUCUCCCCUCAACGCAAACAACGACCAAAUCAUCAUGAGAAGAGGGAAAUUCAACUACGCCAUUCCGGGACAUGUUUUCGCUGUUCGAAGCGGUAAAAGCGAAAAGAACUAUCCAGAGGUAUAUAAUCGAAAAAUUCCUCAAAAUAACUUCAAACCGCAAGUUCCUUUAGGUGUAGAUUCCGAGGGACACAGAAACGUGUUAUACAGCUACCCAGGCUUCUUCACAUCGCUUCCUGCUCAAUAUCUUCCACCGGGUGUCAGCGAUGAUACACAAGAAGCACAAUUGUACAAAAAACUACUUGAAGCUCUUGCGUCAAAAACCAGUACCACUCAACAAGAAUCCUCACACGUUUCAACGACUACGUCGAUGGAAGAGACCACUAAAGUGACAGGAAGUAGUCAAGAACAAAUACCUACCACGCCAAGUAUGCCUACGUCGCCAAUGACGAUAAGUGCUACAGCUAGUACUGUUCCCGAAACAGUGCCAACUAUGAAAACCACUAUAACUUAUUAUAUGCCAACUGGUGAGGAAAUACUAAUGCCUGAAACCGAACUACCAACAACUCAAAAGUUUUCACCAACUACUAAACCUUCAUCUCGACCGACCAAAAAAUAUACUACAAAAUCAAAGACUACUAAAAUACCUAACAGCACAAAGAAACCCACGAAAACAACCUUUUCAACCACAAAAAGACCAACCACAACACCAAAAACAAGUCAAUUACCUAGCAGUACAAAGAAACCGAUAAAAACAACAAUUUCUACAACGAAGACACCAACCACGACUUCAAUCAUACCGUCUACUACGAAAAUGUAUGUUAAACCGUUAUCACGUACACCAACUAGUCCAACGACUACAAAGAUAAUCAAAACUAGUACAACACCAAUACCUGUUACCACAUCUAGACCAAUGACACAAAAAACUAGUACCAAAAGACCUUCAGGUUUUACCAAAUUUACGAAACCUUCCAGAAAAACAACCAUACCAAUAACUACAGUCACCACAACAACAAGGGUCACUACAACAUCUCCAAUGCCUCCUACUGUUAUUUCCACUCAAUAUCAAGCUCCAACGAAGACAACUGAACAUGCUGAGGGUACUUCUACAGAAUAUCAAACUUCACCACAGCCAACUGCAUCGACUGAAGUCAUUUCAACACAAUAUCAAGCUCCAACAAAAACAACAAUACCUUCAACAGAAAUGCCGACAACUAUCGUAACUACAACAUCUCCGACAACAUUGAUGUCGACCACUUCUCCACAAGUAGAAGAAACUUCAACUGAACCAGCAACCGUUACAGAAGAGACUGGUACAACAAAAAUUACAACUACCAAUUUUGAAACGACAAGUACAACAUUACCUUCAACCGAAUAUGAAACGAAAUUACCUACAGCAGAGAUAACAACAGAAAAGACAACAGUACCUGAGGAAACGGUCACAACAAGUUUGGAAUCUACCAGUACUGAAACAACGACGCAAACGCCAUUUUCAACAAUGACAACUACAGCUUCAACAACAACUAAAACUACGACAAAACCGACAAGUCGCAGAACAACAACUCCAAGCGAUUUUUUAACCGAAGCUGAGCCCUACAACGGUCCUAUUUAUGUAGGAUCUGUAAAAAAUGAUUAUUCUUUGGACGACAUUUUCGGUCCUACGACUCAGACAGAAAAGCCUACAAGCACCAGUACUACAAGACACACAGAGUCUGAUAUAUCUCAACAGUUGUUUGGUGGCGAGUUACCCGAAAACUCCAAGAUUAUCUUUUCUGGGUUUUAUGAAGCUUCUACAACUGCUAAUGAAGACAAUGAUCGAAAGAAAAAAGCGAGUCAAAUUCUGACAAGUCAAAGUUACGAAACUGAGGUUAGUUAUGAAGUGAAUAAGAGGAGUAAUACUGAGUCUGUUGGUGUUUUGACAACAAGUACUUUGAGAACACCGACAAAACCAAUGUUUAGGAAGAGUUUGAAGAACAGAAAAUUCGACUACACCAGGAAGAAACCAAGUAGAGCUUUGAAGACUACAUCUACUACAACAGCUGUUGAAACUACAACGAUGGAAAGUACUUCUGUACAAAAAGUGACAACAGAAGGGACUGCUUUGUUUGCUGAUCCUCCUGUAGAAGAAUCUGUUGCCACUACUACACAGGCUGUAGAAGAAACCUCCAAUAGAGAAAAAGAACUGGAAGUUUUCACCAAAGGUGCUCCGGCCAAUAUAUUAAUCCCACCACCAGAAACCCCCACUAGAGCCAUAGUUAAACAAAUGCCGACCAACAGAACUGAUUUUGUUAUAUACAAAGCUGAAUAUCCCGACGAAGCAACUCAAGUGAGUAUUCCAGAAAAUACCAAAGAUGUUUUUGAUGAUCUAGCCCUAAGGUUAGUCAGCCAUGCUAAAGGCUUAGAAUAUUUGAAUAGAACUAAUAGAACUGCCAAAGUUGCCAAAUAUAGAAGGCGAAAACCCUACGUGUCUAGGUCCAACAAAAGACCUGUGAGGAAGAAAAAGGAACCGGAAGAGGAACAAAAGACUUAAUAAGCUGUGUGAAACACUUGUAUUAGCUGCAAGAAUAUAACUAAUUUAGAAAAAACUGAUUAUCACUUAAGUUUUUGAUCAUUUUAUUUGAAAAUCAGAUAUUUUUGAAAAAAUUUGCAAUGUUGCCAAAUAUAUACAUAUUAGUAAACUUGUUCACAUAUACUUCCAGACCAUAAAUAAAAUGAAGACAGACCAUUAGGCUACUACGUUAAUUCUGCCUGUUAAUUAGUUGUACUCAUGCUGUCGAAGUGUAAUCAAUCUCUGUUGUGAAGUGACAAAGCAGUUUUUUCUAUCAUAUUGGUAACAAGUAUUAUUUUAGUAAAUUAAUAUUGUAGUCUAAGUAGAAAUCUUUCAUCCAUUGUGAUCAUGCCAUUACCUCUCAACUGUUGAUCUUGAAACAGCUCUUUUGUAUGAUCUAACUGCAGGCUAGUGCCUAGUUAUCUUUUAUUAAGAGCCCUACACAGAGGUCCUUCUGGAAAUCAUGUCGUCUGUCUGUCUGUGCGAUAACCCUUAAAGAAAAAGCCUUAUGAGUAUUGAAACAUAGGUUCCUCAGUUUCGUCCGUAAUUGUCCUGGCUUCAACUCCAUAUAAAAGAGUAAAUACCGUUUUUCAUUGCAUAAUACUGUUUUUAUCUUAUUGAAAGUGCUUCUGGCAUCUCAAUGUAUUGUUUUAUAUCAAGGCUGCAGUUCUAUUGUUCAUUUAGCUCACAUCCCAAGGAAUUGUAUCUGAGUACUUUCUUUAAAGCUUUUCCUUUAACAUAGAAUGAAUACAUCACAGUUGACAUCUCGACAUUGUACUGUGACUAAAAAACUCUACCAUGAAGUAAAAACCACUUCUAUGUAAUAGGUAUAUUUAUUAAAAUUUUUAAAAAAUCCCAAUGGAUUGAAUAAAUCUAGGGCCGGCAGACUAAAGCACAUAAGUCAAAAAAACCGAUUUUUCUUUUUGUACAUGCACAUGUCCAUAUAUUUUUUCUCCACCGACUGACUCAAGCACAUAC